GCUUACUUCUACACUCUCUCUCUCUCUCACAUCCACCGCCUUACCGCAAUCCCCAAACUCUCGUUCCAUUCUGCAACUGCAAUCUAUCUGUUGUCUCUUCUCUCUGCGUACUUCGAAUUGUGGAAGCGUCCGGGGAGCGCCAUAGCCUCUGUACAGUGUCUGCGGCGAUUUUCCGGGCCGACUUUGCCCGCCGGCGAGACCCGGUGGGGGAUUGGGUCUAGGGCUGGUGGUUGGGGGCGAUUACGGGGGUGGGGCUCCGAUCGGCUUCGCGCGAACGGCUAGGACGACGGCGAGUAUUGCCACCGCUAGGGUUUUGGGAGAGGCAUGGCUCCGGGGCGAAAGCGCGGAGUGAAGGGACCGAAGGCGAAUACGGAGUUGAGCCUGGGGGAUCUGGUCCUCGCUAAGGUCAAGGGCUUCCCUGCGUGGCCUGCCAAGGUAUGUCUGGGGUGGAUUUUGGUGCGCUAAUCUCUGCUUUUCUUGUUUGGCUGUCCGAACUCAUCUAGGUUUCAAGUAAUUGUAUAUGAAUGUUUGGUAUUUUUUUCCGGAAAAAGAAAACUCACAAUGAUUGGUUGAGGCUGAGAGAACAUUUCUUCUGCAAAACACACCUGCAUUGAGUAUGAUUCGACAGAAUUUUGUCGGCGGGGGACUGAUGCUCAAGGCAGCAUAUAAGCUCUAUAAGAAGUAUCAGAAUUAGCAGACCGGAAGAUUGGGACCGAGCUCCUGACCCCAAGAAAUAUUUUGUCCAAUUCUUUGGAACUGCAGAAAUAGCAUUUGUUGCCCCUGCUGAUAUUGAGGCAUUUACUAGUGAGGCAAAGAACAAAUUAUCAGCUCGAUGUCGAGGAAAAACAGUAAAAUACUUUGCACAGGCUGUGAAGGAAAUCUGUGAAGCAUUUGAAGAGAUGCAGCGAAAAAGUUCUAGGGGUUUAAGGAAUGAUGCCGAUGGCUCAUCUCUUGGGAUAGAUGCUCCUUCUGUUGGUAGGGUGGAAGAUUCAGCUGAGGUUGACGUAAAAGAUGGAAUGGCUAGGACUGGAACAAAUGGAGAAACAGAGAUUAGAGGUCUAGGUGAUCAUGGUCCUGGUUUGGAGCGUUGCUCGCAGAAUCAGAGUAGGAUGGAUUGCCAAGAUUCGAAAUCUAAUAUCCAGAUAAAAUCUGAGGAUAGAAGUUCUCCUGUUACACCUGUGAAGAAGAAUAAACUGAGGGAUAAUGGUGCUCAUAUAUCUAAGGAGAUAGGGUCAGCGUCCAGUCCUUGUAUUUCAUCUCAUGUUGAAGGAGAAAUCGGUGGUGAUAGCACAAAAGGUAAUAUUAUUAUUGCUGAAGAUUCUGUGGUAGUGGCACCUAUUGAAGGUUUGGGCACUUGUCAGAAUGAUCAUGUAUGCAAUAUAGAACUAGAUGGUAAAAAAGAUAGUUCUUUGCCGUCGCUGAUGUCAGUUCCUCCUAAGCAGUCUGACGGUGGCAAGAAGGGACUGACAAAUGGUCAAAAAGAGAAAGGAUCAAAGAGAAAAGCUGAGGAUGCACAUGAACUUCACAAGGAUAGUCGCUCAGCUGCUUCAGCCAAGUUGAAUCUGGACACUAGCAGUGAUAAUGUUGACCCUUGCAAAACUACUGAGAAUGCCAAAGAUGGCACACAAAGGAAAAAUGCUCCUGGUAGCAGUGUGAAGAAUUCAUCUCCAGAUCUUAAACCGGCCUUGGAAAUUGUUUGUGGACUUAAAGCUAAAAAACUGGCAAAAGGUAGGAAACAGCUUGAGGUAGCAGAUGACAGGCAGGAGGAUGCUGAAGGUAGUCCAGAAGAGCAGGCCAAGGGCAAACUUACUGGCACAAAAAAAGCCACUCAAAUUGGAUGUGCAAAGGAUGAUUCAAUAACUAAUGAAGUUUCUCAUCCUGCUAAAACAAAUAAACGUGCAGGCUCUGGGGAAGCACUUCAAAAAAACAGGAAAAAUAUUUCUCGAAGUGCUAAAGUUCUUGACAGAAAAGCAGAUAAUACAGAGCUUAAGCGGUCUACACCACGGUUGAAGACUGAAAAUCAUUCAGCAUCAACAGUGCAGGCAAUUAGUUUGUCUUCCAGAAUUCCUUCAGAUGAAGAUGCUCUACCGCCAACAAAGCGCCAACGCCGGGUGUUUGAGACUAUGUCUGGCUCUGCUUUUACAACUUCAGAUGAUAAAACAGAAAAAAGUUCUGCUGCAUUAAAAAAUGACACUGUAUCUUCUGGUAAACUUAAAUCCCCUGCCUCUCACUCGCAUACAAGGCGAAGAGCUGUUCGCUUAUUUGAUGAGGAUGAUGAAGAGGAACCCAGGACACCAGUUCAUGGUGGAUCAGUGAGGAAGAUUCUUGCUCCUGUAUGUGUGCCUGAUCAUAUGAAUAACGCCAAUGUACAAACUGAAAGUUUUUCUGUUGUUCAACCUAGUGUAGGGGAUUCUCAUGGAGCUGGGGGCCUUUCAAAGGAAUCCUUACCUUCUUCUGAGCUACUUAAUGAAUCUUCUUCCCCUAAUACUGAGCAACUUGUGGAGAAGAGGCCUAAAAAGCCAAUUGCUCCCAAUAUCUCCAUUAGCCCAAGACAACUGGAGUUAGAGAGAGUUUCUUCUAAAGAGUCUAGACAAAAUUUGAUAUCCCCUGGUAAGUCGCCUCUGUCAGGACCUGCAAAAGCCAAUAGAUCAUUAUUAAAAGUAUCUGGUGCUGGUAUACAGAAGAAAACACAAACUGGAUCUGGCAAGGCCUUGGAUUCUAUUUCUGACAGCUUGAAUUACUCUCGAAAUCAAGUGACAACUGAAAGAAAUAAGCCAAUUUAUUCUGGGGAAAGAUCAAAAGGGGCUUCAAAAUCAGUUGUUAAAAUUAAUGAUUUGCUUGUGACGGGAAAUACAGCAAAGCAUGACGCCUUUACUGAUGGAAGAUUUGAAGCUGGGAGAGAUGAUAAAACAAGUUCAUUGAUUGAUUCAAAGAUCCCAGAUUCUGCAAUGUCCAUGAAACAUCUUAUUGCUGCUGCUCAGGCUAAAAGGAGGCAAGCUCAAUCACAAAAUUUUUCUCAUGGCAAUGCUAGUUCUCUACUGGCCCCUCCUACUGACAUGCCCAGGAGGAGCCCCAGUCCUGCGUUAGCUACUCAGCCCUUCCUAUCUGGAUCCAGUACUGUUUUACAGCCAGAUGCUCAGGAACAUUAUCCUCCUAACACAUCUAAGGUUUCUCCUUCUCAUGGUCCUCAGUUUCCAUCAGGUAAUCAACCUGUGUCUGAUGAAUUUGAGGAGACUAGGGUUAGUUCGGGUAACCGGCCUCCUCGGGGUUCACUUAGUGGUGGUACCGAGGCUGCUGUUGCUCGUGAUGCAUUUGAAGGAAUGAUAGAGACACUUUCAAGGACUAGAGAAAGCAUCGGCCGUGCAACCCGCCUUGCAAUUGAUUGUGCAAAAUAUGGCAUUGCCAAUGAGGUUGUGGAGCUUCUAAUCCGCAAGUUAGAAAGUGAGCCCAAUUUCCAGCGAAAAGUGGACCUCUUUUUUCUUGUGGACUCUAUUACACAAUGUUCACACAGUCAUAAAGGCAUUGCGGGAGCAUCAUAUAUUCCUACUGUACAAGCAGCACUGCCUCGUCUUUUGGGAGCUGCUGCUCCACCUGGAGCUGCUGCGCGUGAAAAUCGUCGUCAAUGUCUAAAGGUUUUGCGACUCUGGCUUGAGAGGAAAAUCUUACCUGAAUCCCUUCUUCGCCGCUAUAUGGAUGGCAUUGGGGUUUCAAAUGACGAUGCUUCUGCUGGUUUUUUCCUUAGACGUCCAACUCGAGUUGAGCGUUCUGUAGAUGAUCCCAUUAGAGAAAUGGAAGGCAUGCUUGUGGAUGAAUAUGGAAGUAAUGCUACAUUUCAGUUGCCUGGCUUCUUAUCUGCUAGCGUAUUUGAAGAAGAUGGAGAAGAGGAUCUUCCAGUUAGUUUACUGAAGGAACCUGGUGGUAGAUCACCAGUAGAAGUCGUGCCUGCUAGUGGAGAGCCUGAUACAGUUACUUCAAGUGACAGACGCCACUGCAUCUUGGAGGAUGUGGAUGGCGAACUUGAAAUGGAAGAUGUAUCUGGACAUACAAGGGAUGAAAGACCUUUGUUUUCAAAUGGUCCAAUUGAAUUUACUUUGCAGCAGUAUGGUUCACAGGGUGUUUUGGAAGCACUGUCAGACAGUCCCGACAACUUCUCCCCUCUUGAGGGGUCUCCACCACUGCCUCGUACUUCUCCUCCUCAAACCCCACCUUUGCCAUCUUCACCACCACCACUAUCACCAACAUCUCCACAAUCUCCCCCUCCACUACCUUCAUCCCCAUCACCACCCCCACCCCCACCCCCUCCACUUCCUCCAGUGCCGCAUCCACUUUCUCAACUACCUGCAGGACCUCAGCCAUCAUUACUUCCUCAACCUUCAUUGCCACCUCACCCUUCAACACUGUCACAGUCAUUUCACCCCCCUCAGUCAUCAAUUCCAUCUUCUUCGCCAAAAUUGAACUAUCAAUCACAUGUGCCGCAUGAAUAUUGUAGCGCACCAAGUGGAAACCAGCUCGUCCAGGUAGCCGCAAAUAAUCCUCAUGGUGGUCACACUGAGGCAGCAGUUAGAACUGAUAUUUAUCCACAGCAAUCAUCUAGCUUUUCAACAACAGGAAUUCAGAAUCCACGUGAACCUUCUGGAUUUAAUUCCUCGAGACCAUUAGAGUAUGGACAUCAUGAUGUAUAUUGCAGCUCCCAAGUUUCUCAACCCAACCAGCAAUUUCAAUCUGGCAAUGCCCCUAUCCUGCAAAGACCUUUCUGUCCUCUGCCGCCGCCGCCGCCACCACCACCACCGCCUCCUCAAGCACCAUCUAGUCAUUACUUCUAUCCAGGUCCUGCAGCUCAGCAACAUUCACAACAUCCUUAUCCCCGACCUUACUCAUUGCCUAGUGUUCCUGAUGCUCAAAGGAGAUAUGUUGCUGAUGAACAGUGGAGGAUUCCCACAAGUGACUUUAAUGCUGACAAUCAACGAGGUUUAUGGAUGAGCGGAGGGAGAACACCAUCAUGCCCAGGUGUGUCCUUUGCUCAGGAAGGUUAUUUUCGGCCUCCUCUUGAAAGGCCACCAGUGAGUAAUGCUGGUUUUCAUCCCCCUGCACAAAACACACUGCCAGCUGGAGCUUCAGUUCCAGGUAAUGGUGUUUCUCAAGUGAUGCCAAGUAGACCAGACAUUUCAGCCCUUGGUUGUUGGAGACCAUCUUAGGACGUCCUGAUGAAGGUCCCUUACAGAUCUUUGCGGGCUGUGGUAUGAGUAGGAUCUUUGCUUUCAUUGAGCUCCAUAUCAUGAUUCUGCUAUUGGACGAAAGUUUAACUAGCACCUGAUGGAGGUGUUGACAACUUUGGGAUGCUGUUGGCAGGAUUUGUACAUGGUAAUUUUCCCUGACAAAGCGUCCAGUGAAUAUUCACAUGGAAAGUGUAAGCCCAUUGCUCAUUUAGUGCAGUUGGUGGUAUGACUUGUAAUUACAUCUAACUUACCAUAUAAAACAAAUUUUUGCUAGCGCCAAAUUUCGAGUAGUCCUUGAGCCUGUAUCUGUUUGUAUGCAGACAACAUCCCCUCCCCCCUCUCAAAAGGGAAAAAAAAAAAAAAAGAGCAUGUGUACAGUCUACCUUUUUCUACAUUUUCCUUGCAAAAUAUACAUGCCCUCCGAAACUGAGUAUCAGCCUAAUUAUGGCCUUCCAAUUAUGCAAAUAAAUUACAGUAGUCUUGCUUUA